AAAAAACAUACACAUAGCAAUGAAGAAUUUUAAUGCUAUGUAUACUAACUUCUCACCAAUACUACACACUUAGCCUUUAAGAUGAACGAGAAUCAGUUCACCAAGAUUCGGAAUGCGUCCCUGCCAGCGGAAUGGUUCUUCUUUCUUCUCGGCAUUGUUUUCCUCAUUAUCUCCAUAUUCGGAAACGGCUACGUGUCUUACAGACUUAUUAAAAUUGUGAGGAUGUCUAAAGCAAUCCAGACCCCCAUUUACUUGUCCCUGACAAUAUGUGGCUUCUGUACUGGAGUAUUCUGCUUACCCUACAUGCUCUACACCCUCUACUUUUAUCGUAUUGAGAAACUGGGGAACUUGGUGACGGUGGUAAGUGUGGUUCCUACACCCACACCAAUACCCCACUCCACCACCUCCUAUUCUAUACCCGCCAACUUCUCCUGGUACUCCUCGACUGAGCAGCCAACUAUAGAACCUGAUUGCAGCGACCAGAUCAGUGUGAUGAGUUCGUUUGAUAGAGUGUUCUGCAACAUAGCUGGCACUGUCUUUAACAUCACUUCUCGUCUUAUUGUGUGGCUCAUGCUUCUUCUUUCAAUUGACAGGUAUAUUUUUAUCUGCCAGCCAUAUCGGAUACAUUUGGUGAAGAAACAGCAUUAUGCUUUUUGGAUCGUGGCCAGCAGUGCAGUCAUCACCUUUUUGUCUUUUGCUCCCUACAUUUUCUACCACCCUCAAGCAGUGUUCAAAAAGAAACCUCCAGGUUGCCCUGACGGCUAUCCAUAUCAGCCGUACAAGAAGACCUAUCCGGACAGCUAUGUUUGCGACUAUUCUCCUCUUAUCAUGCUUAACAUAUCAGUACAUCUUGAAUCAGCGGAGGGGUUCGGGGGCAUGAUCGCGUUCUAUUUCUUUGCUGUUGUGCUGCUGAAUCUAGUCCCUAUCUUCCUCAAUGUAGCAUUCUCCGUCAAGGUCCUAUUUGAGAUACUGAAGAUGAGAAAAGUUACCCGAAUGACGAGUGUGACUGUAGCUCGUGGAGACUACACAGAAGUAACCAAGUGUGAGGUAGAGCUGGAGGAUCUAACUGGGAAAUGUUCUCCUCCAACGUGUCCUCCGAACCUCUACAGUCAGAUCAAGAGAUUUUCUGUGGUCUCUCAGAAAAGAAAGUCAGUUCUGAGUGUCAUGUCAGCUCGUGUGAUCAAGAAAAUACAAGGGUUUGGUCGAUGGUUGACCACCGGAUCGGUAAUAGAGAACAAGGCUAGCUUCACGAUGCUGGUUCUUUCUCUCUUUUAUAUCAUCACCUACUUCGCAUGGGUUCUUGUGUGGAUCGCCGGUUUUCUUCGUUUGUACAAUCUAGAAAUGGAGUACUUAGAUAAAGACGAUAUGUAUAUAUAUAUACACCUGUAUCACUCUACAAGCUCAAUAGCGUACAACAUCAUGAACCACUAUCCCAUGGCUACCUUUGCUAACGCUGCAUUUGUACCGUGUUUAUUAGGAUACAGUCUUCAUCGAGGAAAAACUUAGCGAAACUAAGAUAUUUAAUUGUCAGUUGUCAAUGUCAGUGAAUUGAAUAUUAUUUUUACGUGGCCUGUAGAGCAGACGUUUCGUGAAAAAUUCGACUGCAUAUGAACUGGUAGAUGUAUGUAAAAUAAGGGACCAUCUACUUAGUGCUUAGGACGUCUGGCAUAUAAGGCAUAUACAUCGCGGACAGGGGGAGGGGGUGGGUGGUUUCUGAAAAUUCGGACGUCCAUAAAUUUGGUGAAAAAUAAAGCAAAAAUUGCACUUUACCAACGAAUUUCAGUUGUUUUCAUAAUUGUAUUAUUAAACGUUGUUGGAAAAUCCGGAGACGUACUCCAAUUCCAGGGGAGUGCAGAAGGGUGGUUUGAAAAUUCGGACAAACCUGAACAAGUCGGGGAGGUCAGGAGGAGGGUGGUCUGAAAAUUUGAGAUUUUUGGCGGCCGUCCUAAAUAGAUGGCCUCUAAGAGUGAGAGAAGAAAGUUUUAAAAGACAUGACAGUAGUUUAAUUUAUACAUAAUAAUAACAUGUCUAUUUGGGUUAUUUUAUUCUUAAUGAUCCCCAGAAUACUUUAGGCUUAGCGGUCCUAAUUUUGCCUAAAAUUUCAUAUAGGGUAUAGGUAUAGUUUAUAGUUAUUGGGCGACGCUCAGCCUGUCAUUCCGCCAAAUCUCUAUAUGUUUAUGAACCUAAUAUCCUGGGGUCCCCAGGUAAAGUUUAUAGUAUAGUAGUAUAAAUAGUUUUUUGCCAUGGUAUUUUCAAAUUAAGUGUUUUACUAUUUCUGAUUUCAUUUAUUCAACGCUUCAUGAUGAUGAAGAAUUUAGUCGCAAAAUUAAUAAUUUUUAUGAAAUGUUAGAUAAUUAUAGAUGUUGGCGAAAAAUGAAAUUGUUCAAUUUUGUAAUAAUUGAUUUCAAUGUAAAA